GUAUUCAUUUCAGAGAUCAUUACUGUGGAUCAGUCUGGAUCUCUCUGUUCUAAAACGGAGCUGGACCUUCUAUCUCUUUGAAUCACACAAAUUUUUUCCAAAUUACGAUGGCGCGCGUUGCUCUUCUAGUAACCGUGCUGGCGGCUGUGGUCUACAUAAGCCAGGCCAUCCCAGUGUCAGAAAAUGUGGAAGAUGAGCAACUCAAAUCAAAGGAAAUCUUUGAUCAAAUCCAACCCGAAUCUAAGGAAAUUCUUGACCGAGUCCAACCCGAAUCUAAGGAAAUUCUUGACCAAGUACAACCUGAAUCUAAGGAAAUCCUUGAUCAAAAUCAAUCCAAAUCUGAGGAAAUUCUUGAUCAAAUCCAACCCAAAUCUGAGGAGAAUCUUGACCAGCCUGACGAUACAUCGGAAAAUGAACUUGAAGAUUCUAAAAAUAAAGACUGGCACGAUCAUCGUAAGGAAAACCUCAAGCGGAAACUUGAAAUAUUAGAAAAAAUACUUAGAGACUCUGAAAUAAGAGACAACAAAUGGAAAACUAAAGGAAUCGAGAGACAAAUCGAAAGAAUACAACAAAGAACCAGGCGAAAUUCCCAAUAUGCCCCGAUUGAUAUUGCAAAUGUCAAUGAUAUCGAAAAGAUCUUUACAGAUCAACUACCAUCUAUGCUGAAGGAUGUAUUUAAUUCAUUCGUACAGGAUAAGAACGAAUUCAGCAAAAAAUUUGUAGAGUCCUUCUUUGAAAUAAUGAACAAUGUUCUUACAUUAUUUGAGAAGGAUGAGAUAAGUGAGAACGUUGAAAACUUGAAAGAGAAAUUAAUUAAAUUUGAGGCAGAUAUAGACGAAGAGAUAACAGACAAAAAGAGAAAUUUUUCCAAGAAUAUUGUCAAAAAGCUGAAAGAUUUGACCAACAAUGUUAAAAAUCUGCAAGAUUUGUCCAAGAAUGUUAUCGAAAGGCUGAUGUCGGAAGAUGAUUCGAAGAAAAUGAUUGAAAAUCUAAAAGAGCAACUGCCUCAACAGAAGAAAGAUAUAUCCAAUAUAUUGAAAGUAAAGAAAGAAAUAGUUGAAGGUAUCUUGAAGAUCGAUGUCGAUAAAAAGAUAGAAGUAAUUUACGACGUUUUUAAGAAUUUGAAGAAUUUGCAGAACAUAAAAGAUAUGUUUUUAAAUAUUAUACAGUUGAAGCUAAAUAAUAUCAAAGGUGCUAAACAGAUAAUCACAAAUUUAAGUCCAAUGUUUUUGAAGACAAUACACGAUUUUUUAAAAGAUAUCGUAUUUAAAAUCACGGAGAACGAAAACGGCAGAAUUGACAUAUUAAAAGGAGCAAUAGAACGUUUUAAUGAGAUAAAAUCUAAAACAAAGAAAGGAAUUGAGGACAGCCAAAUAGGAGAGAUCUUUGAUAACAUAUCGAAAAAGCCGUUUAUCGAAAAGUUACCGUUCAACCGUUUGAACGAUCUGAGUAAAGACGUUCUAUCAAAAAUCAAAAGAGAUUGAUGAAAUAUUGAAAAAUAUAACAGAAGGAUACUCUGCCAAGGACAUUCAACGAUUUAACAGAUAAUUAAUUAGUAUAGGAAAUAUAAGUUAAAUCAUAUUCAAUCGAAAUUCAAAAUUAAUGUAUUCAGAAAACGGUAUACACUUUUUCAAAUAUUGUUCGGAUAAUUUCUUAUAGUUAGAUAUUUUACCAAGCCAAAAUUAAGACUAAUAAAUAAAUAUAUAUCACAUAUACACACAUGUCGGUCAGGUUUUAAAUUUUCAAAUAUAUUGAUUAUUAAAUCUUUUACAUAGCGUUCUUUUUAACGACAUCCUCAUUCAUAAAAUUAUGUAAUGUUUGUUAAAAUUAGCAUUUAUUGAAAAUGAGAAACAUGUAUGCAUUAAUAUUGUAAUGAAAUUGAUUUUGACCUCGACGUGUAUUGCAAGAAGUUUAAUAAAAUAAUAAAAAUAUUA